AUGCCGCCGCCAAGCAACCCUGUUUUCUACUCGGUUCCAACAGCUGCUCCUGCUACUGCUACAACAGUUCCAUAUUUCUAUACACCAGAUGUAUUCGUGCAACAUCAGAUGCAACUUCCACAACCGAUGCCACCACCGCAAACUGUGCUGCCUGCUGAAGUUCCAAUGAAUAGAACUAAGUCAGCUGUACGUCCUUUGAGCACAUCCACUCCGUUACCUACAGAAUUCGCAAUCCCACCACCGAUGACAAAUCAACUGCCCUAUGCUGGCAACCUCAACGUCGCCCAUCUGAAAUACCACAGGAACAUGGAACAGGAUGAUGUGCUUGCGAAUUUGUCAAAAAUUUCAAUUGUAUCUGAAGAAACAGUUGGCGGAGAAAAUGACAAAGAUGUAGAGCCACCGCGUGCUCCUAAUGCCAGAUACAAGACGAAACUGUGUAAGAACUUCGGCCCGUACGCGUCCAAUUAUUGUCCUUAUGGUCUUCGCUGCGAAUUUAUCCAUCCUAAUGAUAAGGAAUAUGCCCUUGUGUGUCCUAAUCCAAACCAUUUGUCGGCCCGCAAUCCAAACACCAUCGAAAAUUUCUCCCAGAAUAUGUGCAAUGUUACUCCAGAAACAGUCUGUGAAGCUCCCCCGAUAUCGGUGACUCGAAGUGCUGUUAAACCUGCGGCCGAGAAGAUUCUUCUCAAGAAUCGUAACAUCGCCGGCUCUAUGAUGUGUCUUGCAACGACAGGCCGACGUGAGCACACUUCUGAUGACAGUGCGAUCGGAUCUGGCUCUUCCGAGAGUGGUGGAUCCAUGGCACAUGUUAAAGCGUUGGCUAGAGCUCGUGAGAGCAUGCAGGCUCCAACGGUUCCGAUGAAGUUUCUUCGAAGACGCUCCAUGUCACAGCUGACUCUGAAGCGAUUCAACUCAAUUGAGAACUUAGAUGUCGCUGCUUCAUGCUCCCAGUUGGCUAACCUUGAGUUUAAUCGAGGUCAGAUGAAUAGUAUCCUAUCUCCGUUGAAA